AUUAUUCCAUUGCUAAUCAUCAUUCUCUUAUAACCCUCACGGCUGAUGACUGAAAACGUCUCAUUUAAAAUGAGUUGAGCUAGCUGCGGGUCUCCGAGACAUCCCCGAGGUCGGAGGGGCCCUGGAGACGGAGCUGGUGCCCCGCGGCUGUUUUUAGUGUUUGACUCAUCGCUUUCAGGAGUGAGAAAACCAAAGGCUACUAAUGAGAAUUUCUGAGUGAGAAAGAGUCAACAUCCCUUCAAGUUCGACCAAACGCCCCCUUUCAACCCAAUCAACCAACCCAUAAAUCAGACAUUCAACAUGGCUCCCGCCUCUCACGACCACAUCCUGACGCUCUCGUGCCCGGACAAGUCCGGCAUCGUCCACGCCGUGACGGGGGUGUUUGCGGCCGAGAAGCUCAACAUCCUGGACCUCCAGCAGUUCUCCGACCCCGUAUCGGAAAAGUUUUUCAUGCGUGUGCACUUUGGGCCGACCGAGUCCGAGUCGACGGAGCACCUCAAGGGCCCGUUCGACGCCCUCGCCGCCGAUCUUCAGCUGGACUGGUACCGCAUCCGGCCCGUCGCCCGGAAGCUGCGCACCCUGAUCAUGGUCUCCAAGAUCGGACACUGCCUCAACGACCUCCUCUUCCGCGCAAAGUCGGGCCAGCUGCCCAUUGACAUCCCCCUCAUCGUCUCCAACCACAACGAGUACCAGGGCCUGGCCGGCAACUACGGCAUCGACUUCCACCACUUGCCUGUCAACAAGGACACCAAGGCUGAGCAGGAGGAGGCUAUCCUGCGCCUGGUCAAGGAGAACGAUAUUGAGCUCAUCGUUUUGGCCCGCUACAUGCAGGUUCUGUCACCCAAGCUGUGCGAGGCCAUGUCCGGCAAAAUCAUCAACAUCCACCACUCCUUUCUGCCAUCUUUCAAGGGCGCGAAGCCCUACCAUCAGGCCUACGAGCGCGGUGUCAAGAUCAUUGGCGCGACGGCCCACUUCGUUACGGCCGACUUGGACGAGGGCCCGAUCAUCGAGCAGCGCAUUGCUAGAGUUGACCACUGCAUGAGCCCCAAGGACCUUGUCGAGGAGGGAUCCAAUAUUGAGAGCCAGGUUCUGGCUGCCGCAGUCAAGUGGACUGCCGAGGGACGCGUGUUCCUCAACAAGACCAAGACGGUUGUUUUCAAUUAGGUAUCAAAAAGGACAGGGCAUUCUGAAAGGAAAUGAUAAAUAAAAGUUGGUCUUUUUUCCUGCA